GUCCGCCUCCAGUUGUUGCUUCCAUCGCUUGCCAAGUUGUGUUGAAUCUGACGCCCGUGCUCUCCCCACACCGUAGCCCCCACCUGGCACCCAAGUCGCCCCAUUCCCUGCAUGGUGCAGGUCAAAGAGAACAGCCCAUCUUCACCACCCGAGCGCAUGUCUUCCAGAUUGACCCCAGCACCAAGAAGAACUGGGUGCCUGCAAGCAAGCAAGCAGUCACUGUUUCCUACUUCUACGAUGUCACGAGAAACAGCUACCGGAUCAUCAGUGUGGAUGGAGCCAAGGUGAUCAUCAACAGCACAAUCACACCGAAUAUGACUUUCACCAAAACAUCACAGAAGUUUGGACAGUGGGCGGACAGCAGAGCCAACACAGUGUUUGGUUUGGGGUUUUCCUCUGAGCAGCAGCUGACAAAGUUUGCAGAGAAAUUCCAGGAGGUAAAAGAAGCUGCCAAACUAGCCAGAGACAAGUCCCAGGAGAAAACUGAGACCUCAAGUAAUCACUCGCAAGAAUCUGGGUGUGAAACCCCGUCUUGUACUCAGGCAUCCAGUGUCAAUGGGACUGACGAUGAAAAGGCCUCGCACGCGGGCGCAGUGGACGCACACCUCAAGUCCGAGAACGACAAGCUGAAAAUCGCCCUGACACAGAGUGCUGCCAAUGUGAAGAAGUGGGAGAUCGAGCUGCAGACCCUGAGAGAGAGCAAUGCCCGGCUGACCACGGCGCUGCAGGAGUCUGCAGCCAGCGUAGAGCAGUGGAAGAGGCAGUUCUCCAUCUGCAGAGACGAGAAUGACCGGCUCCGAAGCAAGAUCGAUGAGCUAGAAGAACAGUGCAGUGAGAUAAACAGAGAGAAGGAGAAGAAUACCCAGCUGAAGAGGAGAAUCGAGGAGCUGGAAUCAGAACUCAGAGAGAAGGAGACGGAGUUGAAAGAUCUCCGGAAACAAAGUGAAAUUAUACCUCAGCUCAUGUCAGAGUGUGAAUAUGUGUCUGAGAAGUUAGAGGCAGCAGAGAGAGACAAUCAAAACCUGGAAGACAAAGUGCGGUCUCUAAAGACGGACAUCGAGGAGAGUAAAUACAGACAGCGUCACCUGAAGGGGGAGCUGAAGAGCUUCCUGGAGGUGCUGGACGGAAAGAUCGACGACCUCCAUGACUUCCGGAGGGGGCUCUCCAAGCUGGGCACUGACAACUAGGGUCUGGCUCCACGGAUCAGACUGUGAGUCCCAAGUGUGUGUGACACUGUCAGGACCAGACAUCCUCCCGUUUGCAUUGUUUCUGUAAAUUCAGGUGCAGUUUUUUGUGUUUCCAAACCAGUUGUGCCGUCCACCCACUCCUCUCCAGCAUAGAAAUCUCUUGCUUCUCUGGCCUUGUGAGGUUGUGGACAACUGGAAGACUCUGACUCAGGAAUCUAGAACUAGUCUACCUUAAGCGCUCAUGCAGUCAGGGCAGGGAUGUUUGUAUCUUCCUUCCUUAAGGGCUGUUGCAACCCUAUGAACUGGAGGAAAAAUUAUUUUCUUAUCCAAAUAUUAAUAUCCUGUGUACAACAGCCAUUUUCCUUUCAUUGAAUAGCAUUAGCUCAAUCAAGGAGGGCAGGGAGACAGCCACUUCUGUCGGUAAACACUGGGGGCUCUUCAGUGACCCCUCAGCCGAGGCUCUAGGAGAAAGGAACGAGUCUCUGGUAGUUCCUGUCCUGGCAGGCACUAGCAUGGUUGCGCCGGUUCUUCUGUUUGUAUGGCUGCAACAACGUUCCUCUUCUGGGUUUUCAUUUCUGAACAGAUUCUGUGCUGUGAGAACAGCCGGUAGGGAGG